AGCGGCGUGGUCACGAGAAGUAGCUCUACACCUCAGAGCCGUGUCUGGCAGGAUUGUCUGUAGUGUUGGGGUUUGUAAUCAAACAAUUUCAGUCGUGAAUUGGAUUUAUAUCCAUACAAUCCAAAGAACGCAUUUGGUAACAAAAAGGGCGUUUCUACAUUUUAGCGUCACCGAAGUCAGUUACGUGUUUUUAGAGAAGUUACAGAUGAGGGUGAAAGAUCCUUUGUCUUUAAAAAGUGCAGAAAUAUCAAAAAAGGCCAACAGACCAAAAAAACACAGAGAUGAAGAUUCUUCUGAUGAAAUUACAGGAGUUCCUUGUCAACAUGUUAGUAGAGCAGUAGAUGUAACCUCUGUGAAAAAAGCUGUGACACAGAGUGUAUGGUCAGUCUGCUCAGAAUGCUUGAAAGAAAGAGUUAUGUGUGAUGGGGAACCUUCUGGACCAUUUGAUGUCUUGCUAUGCCUUAAAUGUGGUUUCCAGGGUUGUAACCAGUCUGAUGGUCAGCAUUCUGUGAAACAUUUUCAGGCAGCUCAUUCUGAACCUCACUGCAUUGUUAUCAGCCUAAGCACAUGGAAAGUAUGGUGUCAUGAAUGUAACGAAGAGUUAUCAACACACUGCAACAAAAAAGCCCUUGCCCAAAUGGUUGAUUUUCUUCAGAAGCAUUCAGCAAAAGCACCUUCAGGUUCCUCAUCUAAAAUAAUCAAAAUACGAGGAGAAACAGAAAGCAGUGAUCUCAUUAAGGGGAGAAUUUCAGUCAGUAGCACAUUGGUACCAGUGAAAGGCCUUAGUAAUUUAGGGAACACCUGCUUCUUUAAUGCAGUUAUGCAGAAUUUGGCACAGACACACUUAAUGAAUGACUUGAUUACAGAAAUAAAGGAAAAGGGAUCAAAGUUAAAAAUUUGUCCUUCUGCAGAAACUAACUUGGAUCCAUUGGUAGUGACCCUUCCCAGCCCCGAGCCAUUGACAUCAGCCAUGUUCCUUUUUCUUCAUAGCAUGAAGGAAGCAGGAAAAGGACCCAUUUCUCCAAAAAUAUUAUUUAAUCAGAUGUGUCAGAAGUGA